UCCCUCACUUUCUUCUUUCAUUCAUUGACUCAUCUCAGUCAGACACACUCUCAAAUGGGUUCUAGUCAAGACUACUGCAAUUGUAGCCAUACUUCUCUCCAUCUUAUCGUUUCUCUCUUCUUUCUCCUGCUUUGGAGCUCGACCCAAGCGAGAUUAAAGGCAGAAGGUAGAGCUAAUGUUAAACUAGUUGAGGUCAACCAAGCCCAGAUGGGCAGCCAAGAGAACGCAGCAGUGAGAAGUCUUAUUGGUUCGAGGCCCCCGACAUGUGAGGGGAAGUGUAGCUCUUGUGGGCACUGUGAGGCAAUUCAAGUUCCUGCAAUCCCAAAACAGAGGAACGGAAACAGUACACAUUCCUCCAAGGUGUCGACCAUUGCCUACUCCAGAAGCGAAGAUAACUCAAAUUACAAGCCCAUGAGCUGGAAAUGCAAAUGUGGGGAUAUGAUCUUCAAUCCGUGAUUGAAGAACCUAUUUUGAAUUGUGGAUAUGAAUUAUGAAAUAUAUUUCAU